AUGUCUUCUGCUCCUCAUCAUCACUCAGAAGGAAAUGGUUUAUUAUUUCAUCAGAUUUUGACAGCAUGUAAACAAACUCUAUUUGACAACAAAAAACUCUCUUCCAUGGAGUCAUUGGCUUCAUCCAACAGCAAUACAUUCUCCAUCACGAUCAAUGAACUUUGUGCCAUUUUGGAUUCUUUCACUUUUGAGAUUAACAAACUUAAAGCCAUAUACAUCUUGAAGAGCUACAACCAAUUUGCUGUCAUGACAUGUUCUGGAGUGAGUGAAAUGUUGAAAAAGUCCUUCACCUUUGAUAAUUCAAGAUGUCAAGCAUUGCAAUAUUUGUAUCAGUUGAUUCAUGACAGAGGUCUAAAUUAUGGACAGGUCUUAAAGGCGUUUGACUUUCAUUCCAAUUAA